AUGGUGAAGAUCAAGGAUCCCAAUUACUUGAAACUUCGUAAAGUGUUCGAUGAGCUCCAAAAAGUUAUUGAUGGAAUCAUCAACAGCAGAAGGAGGUGGUCCGAGCUCCCGACUGACCUUGUAGAAUUGAUCUUGAAAAAGCUUAUACCUUCUGAAUUCGACCUCCUUGGCUUUAGAGACAUCCUUCGCUCUAAACUCGUUUGUCAUUCUUGGAGAAGUGUUGCAAAAUCUUGUAGCUCUUACGCUCCUUUGUGUCAAACCCCAUGGCUUCUGCUUCAUCAGAAUAACAGAUCCUCCCUUUUUGAUCCAGCAGAAAGAAAGGUUUACAAAAUCAGGAAUGUCUAUGAGAAUUUUCCUUGUGCCAGGUGUGUCGGUUCAUCACAUGGGUGGAUGAUCAUAUUCUACGAAGACAUACAUUCCCAAGAGUCAAUGGCACAUCUUUUUAAUCCAAUUUCAAGAAGUAGCAUUCCACUUCCAGGCAUUCAGACUCUUCAAAGUUACCGUAUUUCUAAAGGUAUUAUUUCCUCCAAUCCAUUUACCAACAAAAACUUUUUUGUGGUAGUGGCAUGUCAUGGAGGACUUGCAUUCUAUAAACAUGAAGACAAAUCAUGGACUAAGUUCAAUGAUGCUCUUAGCCAUCUCUAUGACGAUAUUAUGUUUUACAAUGACAAGCUAUUUGCAUUGGCUAUGGAGUCACUUGAGGUCUGGGACUGUAGUGGAUCCUCUCCUAUAAAGACCGUGCAUCUUCAAGACUCUGUUUCUCACAUACCAGUUGAUCAUACCUAUUUGGUGGAGUCAUUGGGCGAGAUCUUACGUGUGGGAAAAGGUGGACGAGGAUGUGAAGAAAACUCAAUCUACUACGGAACGAGUGAUUGUGUCACACAUUGUGGUCAAGAAAUUGGAAUAUACAACCUUCAAUACAACAUGAAAACUGUGUGGAUACCAUCUGAAUAUGCACUUGGUUAUGUAUAUGGUGGGUUGUUUCCUACCUCUGAUCAGCUUACAUUAUCUGUUGAUUUCUAUAGGUGGGAAUUCAUUCCAAUUGGCAUUUGCAUUCUGGGGGGGAGGCAAUCCUGA